UAUAUCCCUGAAGAACUUCCAGAGAAUGUUGCUGAUAUUUUUUUUUCACGUUCGUCCUCAGUGCAGGUCAACAGUGAAAAACGGCUCGAGCCAUGGCGUCAUUCUUUCAUCGCUGUCCGUUCCUGACCAGCGCGUCCCAGCCCUUCCUGAAGAGAGCUGGACGCUCUCUCUUCAGCCUCGCUGACCGCUGUCCAGUGAUGCUGUCCCACGGCCUGGUCACUACCGCCACCAACCACCAGAGGGCACCAGAGACAACCCCGGCCCGAGCGCAGACUGCCGCAGAGACCAUCUCCUCCAACUGUCCCUUUGUCAAGAAGGAGAUCGGCGCGGUCCAGGCCAGAGCUGAGGUCCAGGAGGAUGUGCAGCGGAGCCGGCCACAAGGGGGUGCGAGUCCCUCGCCAGCUCCCGUCACUCACCGCAUCCAAGACAACAUGAGCACAGACCAGCCCAGCUUCGAUUACGACACGUUCUUUGACUCGAAGAUCGCCGAGAAGAAACGGGACCACACCUACCGCGUGUUCAAGACGGUGAACCGAUGCGCGGACACCUUCCCCUUCGCCGAAGAUCACUCCCAGCCUUCCGGCCAAGCCAAGCCCGUGUCGGUGUGGUGCAGCAACGACUACCUGGGCAUGAGCCGCCACCCCCGGGUCCUGCAUGCCAUUCAGGAUACCCUGGAUCUGUACGGCGCGGGAGCCGGGGGAACCAGGAAUAUUUCUGGCACCAGUAAAUUCCAUGUGGAUCUGGAGCAGGAGUUAGCCAGCCUUCACUACAAGGAUAGCGCCCUGGUUUUCUCCUCCUGCUUUGUGGCAAACGACUCCACCCUCUUCACUCUGGCCAAGAUGCUUCCAGGCUGUGAGAUUUAUUCCGAUGCCGGGAACCACGCCUCGAUGAUCCAGGGAAUUCGUAACAGCGGCGUUCCGAGACGCAUCUUCAGACACAACGACCCGGGAGAGCUGGAGGAGCUGCUGAGCAAGUCAGACCCCAAGACUCCCAAGAUCGUCGCGUUCGAAACGGUUCACUCCAUGGACGGUGCAAUCUGCCCUCUGGAGGAGCUGUGUGACGUGUCCCAUCGCCACGGCGCCCUGACCUUCGUGGACGAGGUCCACGCAGUGGGACUGUAUGGAGCUCGAGGGGGUGGCGUGGGGGAGAGAGACUCCAUCAUGCACAAGAUUGACAUCAUCUCCGGAACACUGGGCAAGGCGUUCGGUUGUGUGGGGGGUUACAUUGCCAGUACCGCCGCCCUGGUGGACGUGGUGCGCUCCUUCGCCGCCGGGUUCAUCUUCACCACCUCCCUGCCUCCCAUGGUCCUCGCCGGGGCCCUGGAGUCCGUGCGGGUGCUGAAGAGCCCAGAGGGACAGGCCCUGAGGAGGGCCCACCAGAGAAACGUCAAGCACAUGAGGCAGCUGCUCCUGGACGAGGGGCUGCCCGUCAUCAACUGCCCCAGCCACAUCAUCCCUAUCCGGGUGAGCGACGCAGAGAAGAACUCUCGGAUCUGUGAUCUUCUGCUGGAGAAGCAUGGCAUCUACGUGCAGGCUAUCAACUACCCCACCGUGCCUCGAGGGGAGGAGCUUCUGCGCCUUGCCCCCACCCCCCACCACACCCCACCAAUGAUGGACUACUUUGUGGAUAAACUGGUUGAAGUCUGGAAGGAGGUGGGGCUCCCCCUGAACCCCCAAUCGGAGACCACGUGUAACUUCUGCAGCCGACCUUUGCACUUUGAACUCAUGAGCGAGUGGGAGCGCUCGUAUUUCGGAAACAUGGGCCCCCAGUAAAUCACCUAGAAUUUUAGGAUUUAGACAUAAAUUAAAAUAUAAGACUGUUAUUAGCGACAGGGGGAAGUCACAUGUAUCCACCUGAGGCGUGUUUAAUGUUCUACUAUGAGCCCGAUAGUCUGCUGUAGAUAUUCAAUAUAUGAAUCAAGUCAAGAAAAUAAGUGAGGCAAGUCUGGAUAAUCAAUACGACUUUAUAUAUUUUGUUUAAGUAUAGCUGAUACAGCAUAAGUAAAUAAGUAACAGAAAAUGUUUUUGAGGUUCAUAGUUUUUUCUCCGUCUGGUUUGUCGACUGCUGCAUAAUCCAGUUAAAAGAAAACUGUGACAGUGGCGUUUUAUUUGCCAUUUCAGUGUUUGGAGCAGCUUUCUUUUUGUAGGGUGUUUUGUAAUUCAUUUUCUGUUAACUCGUAGAAUCGGUGUUCAGCCAUUUUCUCUUGCUGUGAGGAGUGGAGAUGAUAAGCGUUCCUUUGAAAAGGGGCGGGACUGACAGUGUUGUGAACCAAUCACAUGUCAGAGGGAGACUUGCCCGGUGGUGUAAGGAUGUCAGGGCAAUAGUUCAAUCUGUUUUUGCUCCUAUGAUGAGGUUUUAACCAAUCACAGGCCAGGCUUUACAAACACGGAUUAUUAAUUAUUAUUAUUAUUAUUAUUAUUAUUAUUAUUAUUAUUAUUAUUAUUAUUAUUAUUUAUUUCUUAGCAGACGCCCUUAUCCAGGGCGACUUACAAUUGUUAUAAGAUAUCACAUUAUUUUUUACAUACAAUUCCCCAUUUAUACAGUUGGGUUUUUAGUGGAGCAAUCUAGGUAAAGUACCUUGCUCAAGGGUACAGCAGCAGUGUCACCCCACCUGGGAUUGAACCCACGACCCUCCGGUCAAGAGUCCAGAGCCCUAACCAUUACUCCCCUAUAUAAAAUGCUUAUGCGAGUAAAGUUAAGUACGAUAGAUAGAUAAGAGCAAUUACAAAAAUGUGACUACGGAUACCUAUAAGAGUAAAAUUAAGCACAAGAUAUAGUUAUAUAGUUAUAAUUAAGAGCAGUAGUGGAAUACAGCGAGGUAUGGAGCAGUUCAGUGUAGGUACAAGCUGAUGCAAGUACUGGUACAACUGGGUGCCAUACAGUCCAGUAUAGUGGAGAGUUGUGAGGUUUACAGAUGGUUUUAUAUAUAUAUAUAUAUAUAUAUAUAUAAUUAUUUAGAUGUUUUAUUUAACAUCAUGUAAUCAAAGAAACUACAAAAUGAUAUUGCAAAAGUCUACCUGAAGCCAUACUAAUUGUACAGUAUUUCAUGUUAGAUUUUGAAAUGUCACAUUUUUCAAUUGUUGUCAGUUUUGUCAUCAAGUAUAUGGGAAAACUACAAAGCGGUGUGCGCUUCAACCUGUAACCUGUACACUGGAAUCAAGCUUGUAAUAAAACCUGGAAUGGGUGAAACUGCUAUGCAGUAGGAGUCUUAUUCCCAUCCCUGCAACGCACUUGCAAAUACGAUUUAUUUAUGAACUAUUAGAAUCAGUAAAUGAGAAACUAAAUCAAAUAACACCCUAGUGAAAAUCCUUGACAUGUGUUUCACUUUUAGUAUUAAGGCUACAUUGUGUUGCUGCCCUUGUCUUUGUUAGUGAGGUUUCACUGAAUUCUGAAUAUUGCUUGCCGUUGUUCUUUCAUAACUCUCUAGUCUUAUCAACCUCUCGUAACCAUGAAGUAAAUUUGACACACAGGAUAGUUACACUUAUUGCCCAGCCCUCUGUGAUGUAUCUUGGUGUCCCUAAAUAAAUAAUUGCCCCCUGUUCAAAUAAAAUGUGCAGGGGGUAGCCCUUUUUCACCCCCUGCAUGUCAAGACAGGACAUUAGUUUAUAAUUUUACCACCCAAAAACAGAUUUAUGUGCCCCAGACAAACUCCCUUGAAUUCAUCGGUCAUGUCUCUUCAGGCUAGAUUUACUGUUACAUGUACAGUUGCUGAUGUGUUGCCUCAAUAAACAAAACACUG